UGUUUGGUGAUUGAAUGAAAGAUCUCUGGAUAAGGGUUUGAUACGGUUUAAGUGCUGCUGGUAUUGUUACUACCCACAGAUCUCCCUGUGGAACAAUCCGCUUAUCAACUGCAUAGGCAAACUGCAUGCCACCAACACAUUCAGGAAAAGAUAAGAAUCUCAACAGUUUCCUGUGGAGUGACUGGCUCUUGUUUGAUCUCUUUCUAUAGCUGCCAACUGACUACGUCAUCUCUCACUGGUAGAGAAGUUGCCUUUCCUGCAGAGAAUCCCUCGUCCUAUACUCUAUUCUGCAUAGCUGAAGGGAUAAAGAGUAGAACCAGGGCGUCCACAUUUUCAUUGUUUCUCCUGAGAAUCUAGAGCAGAUGUCCUUACAAAGUUACAGCCACACAUCAUACUGAGAGGCACAGUCAGAAGCUCAGUCGUUAUGCUUAUCUGACAUUGACUUGAGUGCCAGGCAGGCAAACUUGAGCAGAGAGGAUAACGAUGAAAAAGCUACUGCGCUAGCACCUGAUGGUUUGGGAAUGAUGGACGUUCCUAAUGGCCAACUCAGUAUCUCCAAUGCUGUCGCCUCAGAGAAGAGCAGCAGCUCAGAGUCUCUGAGUGAGAAAGGCUCAGCCGAGAUAAAGAAGAGUUUUGAUGCUGUUGUCUUUGAUGUGCUGAAGGUCACACCUGAGGAAUAUGCAGGUCAGAUUACUCUUAUGGAUGCUCCAGUGUUCAAAGCCAUCCAACCUGAGGAACUCUCAAGUUGUGGCUGGAACAAGAAAGAGAAGCACAGAGAAGCCCCUAACGCUGUGGCCUUCACACGAAGAUUCAAUCAGGUGAGUUUCUGGGUGGUACGGGAGAUUCUUCAUGCCCAAACCCUGAAGAUCAGAGCCGAGGUUUUAAGUCUCUACAUCAGAACAGCCAAGAAACUGUGUGAUAUUAAUAACCUUCACGCGGUGAUGGCAGUGGUUUCAGGCUUACAGAGCGCUCCAAUCUACAGACUCACAAAGACAUGGGCUCUUCUGAGUCGGAAGGACAAGGCUACGUUUGAGCGGCUGGAGUAUCUGAUGUCGAAAGAGGAUAACUACAAGAGAUUGAGAGAUUACAUCAGCAGCCAGAGCAUGACCUCCUGCAUACCGUAUUUGGGUAUGUAUCUGUCAGAUCUCACAUACGUAGACUCAGCGUACCCCUCCACAGGCAGCAUCUUGGAGAACGAGCAGCGUUCCAACCUGAUGAACAACAUCCUGAGGAUUAUCUCAGACCUCCAGAGAUCCUGCGAGUACGACAUACACGAGUUGCCUCAUGUCCAGAAUUAUUUGAACUCUGUGCACUACAUUGAGGAGUUGCAGAAGUUUGUGGAGGACGACAAUUACAAGUUAUCUUUAAAGAUUGAGCCAGCCACUAGCACACCCCGUGCAACUGCCUCCAGAGAGGACCUUGUAGGUUCUGAUGCCUCUAGCUCACCUCUAUCUGCUCGUCGUGGUAACUCCGCUGAUGGCGGUCUACCCAAAGUCCCACGUACUCCACCCUCUCCUCGCAACCUUCUCCCUUAUGGGCACAGAAAGUGUCACAGCCUGGGCUACAAUUUCAUCCACAAGAUGAACACGGUGGAGUUUAAGAGCGCUACGUUUCCCAACGCUGGGUCCAGACACCUGCUGGAUGACAGUGUACUGGAGAGUCACACACCGACACGAGGGCAAGCUGAGAGUUCCACUUUGUCCAGCGGCAUCUCCCUUGGAAGCAGUGAAGGAUCAGAACUCAGUGAAGAGAUGUCUUGGCCUGCCUUUGAGAGGACACGUUUCUACCACUCUCUGGGCCCAGUGACCCGAGUGGGCCGCAUCUCCUGCAGAGGAGGCCUCAGGCCCAGCAGCUCAGCAGAGUCCGAGGAACUGGCAGUGCAUCUGUACCCCGGAGCAGUGACCGUUCAGGGAGUGUUACGCAGAAAAACCAUCCUCAAGGAGGGCAAGAAACCUACAGUGGCUGCAUGGACCAAGUACUGGGUAGCUCUGUGUGGUACUCAGCUCUACUAUUAUACUGCCAAGUCUCUGAAAGCCACUGAGAGGAAGCAUUUCAAGUCCACCUCCAGUAAGUGCGUGUCAGUGUUGGGGUUGAUGACCAUGAUGGCGGAUGACCCUGAGCAUCCUGACGUUUUCCUUUUGACUGACUCUGAGCAUGGAAACUCUUACAAGUUCCAAGCCGGGAACAGAAUGAAUGCUCUGCUAUGGUUUAAACACCUGAGUGCAGCAUGUCAAAGCAACAGACAACAGGUCCCAGCAAAUCUAAUGUCGUUUGAGUGAAAGUACUAAUCAGAGGGAGAGAGAACUACUAAACAAAGGCUGUGAAGUGGAAAAAGAGGAAUGUGGAGUGGGGAACAGGGAGAGAGGAAGAGUGGAGAAAAUAAAACACUUUUCCAGUAGCUUUUCCACUGCCAUCACCCGGUCUCACUGCAAAGCCCUCCACCACCACUGCCUUACAGAGUGGAGCAUGGCUGUCUGGGUGCACUGCGACAAUGGAGUGGAGAAUUUCAGCCCUCUCUCUUCUGCCUCCCUUCUCUUGUUCUCCCAUGGUUUUUGACAUUUCAACAUCAGAUUGUCUCUACCAAUGAGAGGAACCCGUCACAUCUCCUCAGUUCUCACGACUUAUCCCGGAGACUGGCGCUCAGCUCGGACGUCUGCAGCGUCAACCUUUAGUUGUUACUUUUAUUGAUGUCAUUUCGUGCCCCAAGUCUAUUUUUUUCUACAAAGUCUGGUUAAAGAAAGCAAGCGUGCUCUCUAAGAGCCUGUAGGUCAACAAUUGCGAUUUGUCACGAAGGUGUCAUCAGGACUGUUUAAAAUGUGUUCGCCACGAUUAGGUAACACCCUCUUACACACACACACUCUUUCUCUCAUGCACACACACAUUCGCACAUUGUCUUCACACAUUUGAGUUGGACUCGAGCAAGCACGGCACCAUGCAGGUUUCACUGCAGCGAGCGGAAGUGUCUCAUUUGUUCAGACAGUUGCUACAAACAACAGAAGCAACCACAAAGGGCUUUAAUACUCAAUGAAUUCCAGAUGAAAAGUAUUCCCUACUUGAAUGUCAGCUUCACUUCAUUUUUUUAAUCUUAUGAAUUGUAUGAAUUACACUUGCACAGACAUACACACGGUCAUACACUGAGUGUUUGAGGUAAUGAUUCAUCUUGUUUUCUAUGGGUGUAAAUGCACCUCAACCAUCUCUUGAAUUUACUCAAGGAAGUUGGUUUGACAGGUUUGUUCUAGAGGGAAUUUUGCUUUUUAAAUAAGAGUUGAACUUCUUUUUAGUUUAGGUGUGAACGUAGGGCACUAGGGUUUAGGGUUUUAAUGCAAAGGAUCUUCACUGUUCAAUUAGGGCUGAACAAAUUUCUAAUGCCUAGUGCACACUAUGUGACUUUCUGCACUGCCUGGGAAGGUGCCCUUAUAUUCUCAGAAUUAGAGACUGCCCGUUAUAAGCACUCAUGUAAAGUCAGUGUUUCGGUGACAUGAAAUUUCUAGUUGCAAAUCAAUCACCACUCCAUAUAUUUAUCCAAUAUUUCCCUUUAUGUUGGCAACACAUAUACUCUGAGCACAACAACCUGUAUUAAGCACAGAGCUGAGCCAAUAAAAACAUGAGAGAAAACUCAUGGGCAGUAAAGAUUUAAAUCAGCACCUAACCCACAAUACAUGGCUAUGUCUCAGCUGCAUAUUUUCUCUCUAAAUCGUAUGUCAA